AUUUUCCAUAUGGAUUUUAGCAGGAAUUCGCUGUUGAUAAUGGCCUAUGCCAUAGGUUGUUUCGAUCUGGUCAGCGCCUUGCUUUUUUCCAUGGUCAGUUUCAAGACGAUCUGUGAACAUCUGAGUUGGCUGACAAUAUUUGCGGUAAUUUUUGGACUUUUCUGGAUAUCGAUGAUUCUGAUGCUCCUGCUUGGCAUUCAUAAGCGCAAUCCCAGAUGCGUUCGUGCCUGGAUUAUAUUCUCCUGCCUUGGCAUCCUGGUGGAGAUGUGCCUGAUUUUGUAUGCCGUUUUCAACGAGAGCUCUUUCCAAACGGGUCUGGUCAAAAAUGGAUUAUUGCUGCUCCUCGGAUUGGUUGUUGAGUGCAUUUUCCUUUACAUUGUUCAACGAUUUUACGUGGCUCUGGCCUUUUGUCAGGCCUGUCACAAGGCUAUAACCUCGAAAGUGGCACAAGAAAAUCAAACUUACCCGGAAACCAACCGCCAACGUCAAUAUAAUAACAAUUAUCAGCCCAAAAGAUAUCCACAAAUACAACAUCCCAGGGGAAAAAUAGUGCAUAACACCCCAUCACAUCCCAUGAAACUGAGUUUUUAUAGAUCUUCUGAGAGCAGUUCGUCUCCAUAA